AUGUUGGAUUGCUUCGACAACAACCAGGUCGUCAACGACAGAGUUCCAGAGAUGGACUUGGACAUGAGUUCUCUGGACGAAAGUCCGCCAUCGCUCGUGGUUGAGGACAUUGGCUUCAUUCCAUGGGCGUUCCCACCCAUGUUUAACUUUGCUUUCGAUGAUGCAGAUGGAGAGCGGCCCUGCGAGUCAGCUACACCGUCGGCAGUAACAGACGCGUUCAUCCCAGCUCUUACCUCCGAAGGUACUGCCGCGCUGGAAAUUUUCUCCAAGCAGAUCGUACGGGAGCUAAACGCCCUUCAUGCAACACUUGCCGUCAGCGAACCCUCAUACAACCAGCCAUUUGACUUUGACCUUGCUCAGUCUGUAUUCGCGCCGCACAUCUUGCGCACUUUCAUCUCGACAUUCUUUCGACUUAGCCACAACUACGUUCCCGUUGUGCAUAUGCCGUCAUUCGGGUCCGAGGACACAUCUCCGCUGCUGGUUCUGGGAGUGUCACUGUGCGGAGCCAUAAGGUCACCCCCGAGGGACGACGCCUUAUCCGCCAAGUCGUUUUUGCGCAUUGCAGAAGAAUACAUCUUCCUCCAGCUCGCAGAUGUCAUGGCGACCGAUCCAAAGCCAACUAGACCUGUACUCGAGACGUUGCAAGCCGCUCUUCUCAUUCACCAAGUGCACUUCCUGCAGAACAGCGUCGAAGCCAGACGGCGGCACCGAAUCCGACGGCUCCCAGCGCUGGUCUCCGCAGUUCGUCGCCUUGGUUUGCUAAACAAGAGGCACUCCGCAAGCUCGCGUAGCGCGCAGUUCCUUGCCGACGAGACCUGCAUCAGAACCGCGACGUGGAUCACACUGGCGGACUGGCACCAGUGCGGCAUGUUCCACGUAUUACCGCUCACGACGACGGCAGAAAUGCGCUGCGAUCUCCCGUGCCCGCAUGCGCUGUGGGAUUCAAAGGACGUUACAGACGCGGAUGUUGGUCUCUACAGGCGGCAAACACGGGGCGCGCCGUAUUGUCUCUCCUCGCUUAGAGCGCUGACGGAAACGCUCAUGGGUGAUCGCUGGCAGCCGGUCGAAUUGACGGCAUUCAGUUUCAUAGCUUUCACCGGCCUCGAGCUGGCCAUCUUCGCCCUCAGUUCGGUUGCGAUCUCGGCGCACCUCAUGUCCAUGAUGCCCGUCACCUCGUCAGCCAUUCUGAGAGCCAUCUCGCGCUGGCAGGAGCUGUGGGAGGGCCAGACCGCCCGAGCAGACGAAGAUCGUGUUGAAAUGACGGCCAUGGCGCGGCACUGCAGCGAAUUUGGCUGCCUCGUUCAGAAGGUCGUUGAGGCGUCCGUAUCGGGGCGGAAGCCGCCGCCGUACCUAGACAAUGUGGCGCACGACUCGGUCGAUGAGCUGUAUAACCUCAUACUCGAGGGAUGA